GUGAUCACUUUUGUACAUACCAUGUUAAGCAACGUGAAGCUAACAAAGAUGUACAAGUGUCUUGUUGUGUGUCCACUCAACACCUGCCUAACUGGGUCAACGAGUUCCAGAUUUGGCUGGACGACGUCGACUUUGAAAUCAAGGUGUACGAGAUGUCGCGGGUGAAACUGAACUUUGAGCGUGCCCAGAUGCUGGAAUGAGUGGCACGAGGGCAGGGCGGGGGGUGAUGAUUCUCGGCUAUGACAUGUACAGGAAUCUUGUUAAGGGGUCACACUGCAAAAACGAAAAGCAGAAGAAAAUAUUCUUUGAGGCGCUCUCUAACCCUGGUCCUGACCUUGUUGUGUGUGAUGAGGGACACAUCUUGAAGAAUGACAAGACCUCUCUCUCCAAGGCCAUGAACACAAUAACGUCACGCCGAAGGAUUGUUCUCACCGGCACUCCUUUACAGAAUAACCUUGGAGAAUACCACUGCAUGGUGAGCUUUGUCAAGCCCAGCCUUCUCGGUACCAGGAAGGAGUUCUACAACCGCUUUGCCAACCCGAUCACAAACGGACAGUGUAGCGACUCCACCCCUACGGACGUGAAGGUCAUGAAACGUCGCGCCCAUAUCCUCCACAAACUUCUGGCAGGGUGUGUCCAGAGGAAAGAUUACUCGGCCCUCACAAAAUUCCUUCCUCCCAAGAUGGAGUAUGUGAUUUCCGUGCGACUCUCAAAAGUGCAGAUGUCCCUGUAUGAAAAGUACCUGGAGCUGUCAGGGGUGACCACCAACCCUGACACAAAAACCAAGGGGGCGCAACUCUUCAAGGACUAUCAGGCCCUCAUGAGGAUAUGGACCCACCCCUGGGUGCUGAAACUUGACGAGAUCCGACAAGAGAAUAAGCGUCAGUUUGAUGACAGCAAGGAUUCUUUCAUAAAGGAUGAAGACAGUAAGGCUGAAGACUUAUUUAUAAAUGACUCCACCACGUCGGAUGAGGAUGAUAACGUUAUGUCCGACGACUCGACGAAGAAAUCCAAAAAGGAGGGUGCGGGAUCCUCGUGUAUGGACGAAGCUGACAUGGGGUACGGCGGCCCCAAGGAGCUCACCUCCGAGUGGUGGGCGGAGUUUGUCAAGGAGGAAGAUAAGUACAAGCUGGAGCUCUCUGGCAAGCUCAAACUGCUCUUCGAGAUACUCAAGAUGUGUGAGGACAUAGGCGACAAAGUGCUAGUCUUCAGUCAAAGCCUUCUCUCCCUUGACAUCAUUGAGGAUGUCCUGGCAAAGUUACAUGAAGUAAAUCAGCCAGAAGCCAGCAGCGAUGGAGACAGUGCUGGAAACAAGGACGGGAAAGCGGGAGAUAAACCAGUGGAGGUUGCGGCUGGGGGAAGUGAAGGGGCCUCCUCGUCGAAGAUAGGGGCUGGUGAAGGGGCCAGCAAGGAGUUGAGUGAGGAGGACAAGACGGCCAAGGAACUGAAAGAAAGGCUGUCUCAAUAUGGCAAGUCAUGGACAAAGGGUGGUGAUUAUUUCCGCAUGGACGGCUCAACAAGUUCUAUUCACAGAAAAGCAUCUCAAGAUAUGUUUAAUGACCCAGAAAACUUAAGAGCCCGUCUGUUCUUGAUCUCAACGAAGGCUGGAAGCUUGGGAAUAAAUCUUGUGUCGGCCAAUCGUGUCAUCAUCUUCGAUGCUUCGUGGAACCCCUCCCACGACAUUCAGUCAAUAUUCCGUGCGUAUAGAUUUGGACAAGUCAAGCCAGUGUAUGUGUACAGAUUUCUAGCACAGGGAACAAUGGAAGAGAAGAUAUACGAGCGGCAGGUCACGAAGCAGUCGCUGUCGCAGAGAGUCGUGGAUGAGCACCAGAUAGAGCGUCACUUCACGGCGGCCGACCUUCAGGAGCUAUACCGCUUCUUACCUGAUCGGCUGGAUGAUCCCAACAGGAAGGAGAGACCUCUGCCCAUCUUGCCAAAGGAUCACAUGUUGGCUGAGAUAAGUACAACAAACAAAGAGUGGAUCGUUACAUUCCACGAGCAUGAUUCUCUUCUGGAAAAUGUCGAGGAACAGAAACUGACGGAGGAUGAAAAGAAGGCAGCGUGGGAAGACUAUGAGAACGAAAAGAAGGGAAUCAACAUGAACAGAUAUGAGUCGCAGCCAUCAGAUGACACAAAAGAACAUGAAAGCAUCAACAGUAGAAGUCAAGGGCAAAAGUCUACUCAGCAGAAAAACAGUGACACUACCAAUGGUUUAGAUACAGAAAAUUCAGACAUAUACUUAACAUUAGGAAACUCUCAAAAAAGCAUUGAUCUUGUGGAAACAUGUGAUGCUCAAAGGGUCGAAAAAGACAUCAUUAUGACAACAGAACUGGAAAAUCAAACAGAUAAAACAAACAAAGUAAGCACUUCCGUUGUUUACGAAACGCAAAUGAAAGACAAUGUUAAUAGUUUAAGAGAAAAUGCAAAUAUUACAGCUGUUGAUGAAUUAAGUAAAUACCUUGACAAAACUGGUAAUCAUGCAGAGGAACAUGCUGAAGGUCCAACUAAAAGUGAUGCCAAAGUGAAGCAAAAGCUGGAAACUGAUGAUGAUCUUAUUGAAAUUGUUGACUUAACUGGUGAUGAUUUUGAACCAGAUAAAGAAACCUUAACACAGGUAAGCAAAGGUUGUUAGGUGUGAGAUCCAGAUCGUCGGCAAAGUCGAGGUCGUCCUACUGCUUCCAAAGUAUCCACUUGAUUCCGUUAUGCUUCUGCGUAACCACCAACAAGUAAACAUCCUCACUCAGCCAAUCUUUUGACAUUCUCCACCAAGUGUACAGCAAGGAUUAUUCCCCGUUUGUACUAAAAGAUUUCGUCAAAGUUUGCUUGCAACAACACCAUACCAGAUACAUAUAUGUGAAUUCAAUAAUAUAUGAACAUGAUUUUACAUGGUUAAGAUUUUAAAAUAACAACUUAAUUAUACAUGAUUAAAUAUUAAGUCAGAAUACAUUAUGAAAAAAUAGUAUUGGAGUUAACCAUUCAUUUGGAGGACGCAGGUGGGCUGGAGGCAGUUUCUUGGCAGCUGUACAUGCUCACAAUGGAGAUGAUGGAAUAAGUUUUAUUAUCAGUGAAAUAAUGAUUAUUGAAAAUGCCGAAGAAUAUAAAUAAAACAAAGUUUGCAUUUAUUUCACUACGAUAAAUCUUAUUUACAGCUGACACUUGUCAGCGCCCACAGUAGUCCGCUCCAACUGCACUAUCCUAAGCAUCUGCUUGCAUAUAGAUAUACUAGUAAUACUUUUAACUUGAUGUAAUAAUUGAAGAAAAUGUGAGACCAUAUUUAAAAAUCACCUUUAUUGGCAUACUCAAUUGUACCUGUUCAUAUAUUGAAAUAUUGAGAUAUACCAAAUAUAAAAUAAUUAUGUUUAUUUUAUGCUUUAAUGUGUUAUUUAGUUUUAAUGAUUAAAGCUGUCAAUAUAUUUAAUAAAAUGCUAUAAGAAAAUUGCAAAAAAAACUUUUUUCUUUUUUAAAGUGAAUUAACCUUGUGUAUGUUGUAUAUCAGUGAACAAGUUGUUAUACAUUAAAGUGACAGUUCGCUGAAUAGAUCGUUGUUUUGCAUCUAAUUCGUACAUCGAGAAAUAAACUUUACAUAAAUUCAUUGAAAUAUAUUUUUAUCGAGGUUGACAUCGAAAACCUGGUUAAAAUCGGUUUUGAAUCGAUAAAAUAAUAUAUAAAUGAUUAUAAAUACAUUCAAUAGGCGAAAAUCAUUGAAGCAUCGCGAGUUAUGCAAAUUAUAUCUUUAUUUAGCUUUCGCUAAACAUAAUUAGCAUAUGGAAGAUAAAUACAUAGAUUUAGCAAAAAGUAGCGUUGCUACUCAGUUUCCGUCUGUAACAGAUGUAUUUGCAUUUGUUCUUACCUUCUCUCCGAUAAAUUCGCCCGUAUCCGCAAUUUUGUUUGUUUAGGUUUAAAUUAAUCGACUCAUGAAUAUUAAUUAGGUCGUUUUCGUACUUUACCGUACUCGACCCCAAAAUAAAAAUCGCUAUAUUGUUUGUUUUAAACCGAUUUCAAACGGAUUUUCAGUGAUAUUCUCAAUAAAAACACGUUUACUUACGAUUCUGCCCAUAUAUAUAUAUUCCGCGAACUGUCACUUCAAAACGUGCUUAUGAUCGUAAAUUUUGACUUAAUGUUAAGUACUUAAAUAUUUUGUAGACAAAAAUGACCAUAGAAAAGUAAAGAAGAUCGAAAUUGUUAAUUAAUGCACAAAUAAAAAGAAAUAGCAAACCUGGAUAGCGGUUCUAAAACCAUUGUCUAAUCAAGAGCCAAACUAUUACAAAUUGAAUUAUCAUUUAAUGAUUGAAUGCAUACAUUCUUCCAGGUAAAUGUUUAUUCCUGUAACGUGUAUUAAUUAUAUGUCAUUAAUCAUAGCGAUUUAAAAUUAACAUGUUAUGGUGAAGUUUCCUCAUAACGUCUUUCCCAUAGAUGUAUGAUAAUUUAAUCUGUGCAAGUUUCUGCUGUCAAUGCAUAUAGUGUAUUGAAUGAUUACUUACAAUUGUUAAGAAUAGACCUGUUUAUUUACGCUUGGUUGCAUCUAAAGCCUUUUACUUAUUACGACACUUUCGAGUCCGAUUAGAAUCAUUACUAAGGGCCUUUGGGAGCGAUCUCGAGAAUGUUUGGCAGACAUCCUAUAUCCACCACGCCCAUGCGACUAUCUUAACUAAGUUUUAUCUUAUACUGUUGUAGCUUUAUUUCCUGUUUGAUUUGUGAUAUUUUUUUCUAAAAUAUGUUAGAUCUAUGUUUUAUUUACAUAAACAUCUUUGUACAAUACAAGGACAAUUUACUCUCCCAUAUACAUUAACGAUGGAUAUACUAGAAACACCAAGGACGUCUGUCUGUCUGUUUGUAGACGAAAAUGUGUCCAUAGAAGUUCUCCUCAACUUGUAAAUGUACAGCAUUCAAACGUUCCGUUAUUGUUCCUUUUAUUAUGAAGUUGUGCAUGUGCGAUUAUAUUCAACCUUUGUUAAAAAUAACAAAAGCAAUGCCCCUCUUUUAAGAAAUAUUUUUUUUCUUUUUAUAAUAGAAAUUAGCAUUUUUAUAAUAGAAAUUAGCAAACAACACAUCCACAACACAAGGUUCAGAUAUGGUAUGAAACAUGGUUUUGUCGCCCUUUACUAAGUUUCAUUUAAUCAUGACCUUGGGUCAAAACUGGCCGCACCCAGGGGGUCAAAUACGCGAUAUACACUUAUAUAGCAAAGUAACUUGUCAAAAUCUCUUUUUCUGAACCACAAAGUAGUUUUUAAAUGAACUUAUAUUUUGAAAUGUUAUGAUUUACGUAAUGUUCUGUUGAUAUGCAAUUAAAUUGAUUGAAUGUAUUGAUUGUGCCAUUUCUCUCUGGUGAUAAUAGUAAUACAUAUAUAUUUUAUAUUGUUAGUUUUUAAAUAAACUUAUAUUUUGAAAUGUUAUAUUUUUAUGUAAUUUUCUCUUCAUAUACAUUUAAGUUGAUGAAAUGUAUUGAUUGUGCAAUUUCUCUUUGGUGAUAAUAUUUAUACAUGUAGAAUGUAUAUUGUUUUGAAUGUUUGCCAAUAGCUGAAAUAAGAAUGUAUUUAAUAAACAAUGUGAGGGUGUGCUUAAGUUUAAAUUAGCUAUAUUUUAUUAAUGUAAAUUUUACUUUUGCCUUUAUUAGUGAUUUAAGCUGUCUUGUUUUAUUCUAUUUCUUUAAAAAUUAUUUCAAUUAAAGAGGAUGACAUAUAUUGUUUUGUGUAUCAUCACAGUAUUUGAUAAAUUUGAUUAUUUAAUUUUAUGUUAUAUCAUUUAAAUUUGAACGCAUCGUAUACGUCUAUAACAUGUCCGAAUUAUGCAAACAUAAGAAUUGUUUUAAUAGAAAUAGCUUAGUUGGUAAAUUCUAGUUCUAAUUUCUUAAGUACAACGCAAAAAUUAUCGUUUGUAUUGUCAUGUGAACAUUUCAAUAAAUCCAGUGCCAGAGCCUGUCGUGAUAUUUGAAGUAAGAUUAUGUUUCAAUUGAACACCGUAUAUAUUGCUUUUUAUAAAUUGUAUUUUGCACAUACACAUACAAUUAUAUUUAAGGGAUUUCAAAAUGUUCGUCUCUCUUAACUCUGUUAUGAGUGGCUUUGUGAAUAUAUAUGUCAUUUUUUGCAAAGGUGAGACGUAAAUAAACUGUUAUGUGUA